AUGGCAUUUGAACAAGGUCAACUACCAGAGAACGAAGCCUUUAUAAGUUUGGUAAAGGAGAUUAUGGGGAAGUGUGCUGGAUUGUUUCCAAAAGAUUAUGUGAUUGAUGUAGAGACAUUGAUUCAUCUUUGGACAGUGCAGGGUUUUAUUAAGCUAUCAAAUCGAAAGCAACAUGUUAAGGAUGUCGAUCAAGAGUACUUUAUGGAAUUACUUUGGAGAUCCUUUUUUCAAGAUGUAAAAAAAGAUGAAUUGGGCAAUAUAGCAUGUUGCAAAAUGCACGAUCUCAUGCAUGAUCUUGCAACUCUUGUGGCUGGGACGGAAAGUACUAUGUUAACUUCAAGUAAGGAAAAUAUUGGUGAAAAGGUUCGUCAUGUAUCAUUUGAUCUUGAGGAUUUGUUGAGUAAUCUAGAGGAUUCAUCAAGGGAACUUCCAAUUCUCAUGGUUAAAGGAAUGAGAAUACAAACAGUUCUUGCACUUAGUGUAGGGAUAGAGUUGGGUAAGUUUACUUGUGAUGCGCUCGUUUCAAAUCUCAAUUAUUUGCGCACAUUGGAUUUGAGUAAAUUAGAUCUAAGUGUGGUGUCACAUUCAAUUGGGGAAUUGAAACAUUUAAGAUAUCUUGAUCUUUCCAAGAAUAAAGAUAUUGAAUUUCUCCCUAAUUCGAAUACCAAGUUGCUAAAUUUGCAGACAAUAAAACUCAGUGGCUGUGACUCACUUAAAGAAUUACCCAAGGGCAUUAAGAAGUUGGUCAAUCUCAGGCAUCUAGACACUAAUUGCACCAAAUUGACUCAUAUGCCCCUUGGACUUGGACAUCUUACUUCUCUUAAGAUACUAACACGGUUUUUCUUGAAGAAAGGAGGUUUCAAGGCAAGCUCUUAUAGUUGGUGUAAGAAAAAACAAGCUAGGUUUGGUGGUGGGCUAAGUGAAUUGAAGAAGCUGAGCAAUUUGGGAGGAAGCCUAUGA